GUUUUUGCAACAUGAAAGGAUGUAUAAACUUUCUGUACAAGCAUUACUUGAUGUCAAAUCUAGUGGUGAAGAAGUUGUAAAAGAGUAUUUGGUGACUCUUCAGAGGGUACCUCUUUUAAUCCAUGAGCUGAUAGUCACGGAGACUUGGAGACUUAAAGUUUUACCCUUGAUUUUGAAGAAAGAAAUUAAAACUACUGCAGUAAUUCCUAUGUAUAUGGUACUUUACCAUGAAAUUACAAUUGUAUCACUUCUCGAAGCUAUUCUUUUCCAUGAGGAAAUGAUUGAAUCUGCUGAAGAUUCUUUAAUUGAUCUUGUGGAUUAUAGUUACAGAAGAAUAAUAUUGCUUAAAAGCAUAGAAUUUGAAGAUGACCAAAAGGAUUCCUUGUCUCUGAGUGAACGAAAUUAUUUUUUGAAGCAAAAGAAGGAUAUCGAUUUCGAGUCUGGAAUUAAAUGUGUAUCAAUCUUAUCGUACAUGGCUCAGCACCAAAAAAUAAUACCUCUCAGCAUUCUGCACCGCUUGCUAACAGUUCAUGACAUCCCUUUGCUGUUUAGUAGUCUAAUUUAUGAGCCACCCUGGAUAAGAGGAAAGGCAAAAAAAGAAAAAUAUGAUGAUGGCAAAUGGAUUGCUCUUAAGCCUGAAAAAUUCAUGAAAAUAAGCAAGGCGGAAGGACAGGUCUGGAUAUGCUUAAUGCAACUGCUAUUAGGACAAGAUUGCCAAAGAAAGUAUGAUAUCAGUGACUUCAGAAAAGAACAAUUCCUAAAGCUGCGAUCAAGAAUAAAUGAGCAUUAUAUAGAUCAAAUGCCAAUCCUAAACGAAUUGUUACGUUUCCUGGAACACCUUAGUUUAUUCGAUGCUCCUUUGCCAAAGACUAGUAUUGUGAUUGAACAGGUUCCAGAAAUAAGAGAAAGCAUAUUUCAAAAAAAUAAAAGAAAAUGGGAGGAUAUUGCUGUGAAGCAAAUAGAAGAAUACUUCAGUCUUUCAGAAACGGAUCUUCGAGAACUUUGCAAAAAGUUAAGUGGAUCUUUUGAUUUAAAAUAUCUAGAAGCUAUGUGCCCAGAUACAAGUGCAUGUGCAAGCAGUGUGAAUACAACCUAGAAAAGAAUAUUCAAGAAAGCGAAUUUCAUAAUAAAGCAUACUUCUCUAUUAACCAGAAGUUAAUUACCUUCGUAGCACCACAUCUCUUUGGCAAUUUUAUGAAGACCUGAAAAAAUACUGCAGAGAAAAACUUAUGUAAUUAUAUAGAACUGAAUAGUAUAGCAAGAACUGCAAAGCAAGAGAAAACAGACGAAGUAGAAAAUAAAGUAACUAAUUUGCCUUGCUGAUCAGGAUAUUUUUCUUUACAAAAUUAAAGUGUUUCAAAACAAUAUGUAAACAUUAAAAAUAAAAAUAUAAUACAAAAUGUA